UAACGGCCAAAAUCACCAUUAAAACACAAGAUCAGAACAUCUUCGAUCUCCUAAAAAUUAAACUCCACCCUAUCCAUACGUAUUACAACUCCCUCAAAUUCCUCCGAAAAACCCUCCUUCAUUCAUUUCCGUUCUUUGUUGCGGAUCCAGAUUCUUGACUCUCUCCCAAUUCCAUUCCCAUUUUGUUACCGCUAUUCAAUUUGCUGAGAUUUUUUUUUUUUGCCAAAAGAAAAAACAACAGUAAAGAAGAAUUUUCCGAUAAUUAUAGUUGGCCGGAGAGUAUCAUCGAUAGGACUUGAUGGAGAAAAACGCACAGGCGCCUGAAAAGUCCGCGAGCUUCCCGAGACAACAUUCCGGCAAGAAGAACAUAUUUUCAGGCCCCACCACACCAAAACACCGCUAUGAAACAAUCGACGAAGAAGAGACCGAAGAGAAAGAAGGUGGCGCCGAUGAAGACCCUAAUGUCCCUGUCAUGAGCUACGAUGAAGUCCUUGAAGAGGUCGAUUGCUUCUACGUGCUCUUGUCCGAAUCCGUCGAAGAAAAAAGGGACCCACCAAAGGUUCCCGGGUCGGUGGAGAGGCUCUGCAAAACCCUCGACUCCAAGAUAAAAAAAUUCGGCAAAGGCUUGGCGAGGUUCGGAGAAAACGAGGCCGAAGACUCGUCGUUCACGCAGGCGGUGGUUAGGGUUUCCAAGAUCUCGAUCAAGUUGGGGGAUAUCCCUUCCAACUCGGCAACUGCAGAGACGUUAAACCGGACCAGUGCGGUUCUGCAACGUGCCAUGGCCGCAUUGGACGAAGAGUUCCGCAGCCUUCUGAGUCAAGAAGAGAAUAAUAAUAAUAACAAUAAAACGGACUCUAACCCUAGCUCUGAGCAGAGCCGGUCUCAGAAGCUAACUGCCAAGCUCUCCUCCUUCAACAAUAACAAUAACGAUUCGGAUCGGAAGCCAACGGAAGCAACCGAACCGGACCCAUUGGAAGAGUUCCCGUCGUUUUCGCCGGAGAGCAUAGUCGCCAUGGAAAAAAUAGCCAGCACAAUGAUCGCCUCGGGUUACGAGAACGAGUGCUGCAUGAUCUACAGCAUUUCCCGGCGAAUCGCAUUCAAAUCGGCGCUCAACGAUCUCGGAUACGAAAACAUCAGCAUUGACGAUGUCCAGCGAAUGCAGUGGGAGGCUCUCGAAGGAGAGAUCGCCACGUGGAUCACCGUCGUCAAGACGUGCUCCACCAUUCUCUUCACCGGCGAGCGGAAGCUCUGCGACGCAGUCUUCGCCUGCCACUCCUCCAUAUCUGACAACAUGUUCUGCAACAUGGCGCGCGGUGUCGUCAUCCAGCUCUUUAACUUCGCCGACGCCGUCGUGCUGACGAAGCGGUCGGCGGAGAAGCUGUUCAAGAUAUUGGACAUGUAUGAGUGCCUCCGCGAUCUUGUCCCGGCUAUUAAAAGCUCAUAUGCAGAGGAGGUUGCCAAGGACCUAAUCUCGGAGGCCGAGGCGGCCAUGAACCGUCUCGGCGAAGCAGCCGUGAGCAUUUUCUGUGAUCUAGAGAAUUCUAUCAAGUCCGAUAACGGAAGAACUCCGGUGCCAAGUGGCGCGGUUCACCCCUUGACACGUUACGUCAUGAAUUAUGUGAAGUACGCCUGUGAGUACAAGGACUCACUGGAAGAGGUGUUUCAGCAAAACCAUGACACAAAAGGAAGCAGCGGAAAUAACACCCCCGGAACGACGCCGUCCUGGUCUCCGUUUCAGUUGCAGUUAAUUACCGUUAUGGACAUGUUGGACGCGAAUUUGGACAUGAAGUCCAAGCUGUAUAGGGAUUCUGCAUUACGGUACAUUUUCUUGAUGAACAACGGUAGGUAUAUCAUGCAGAAGGUGAAGGGUUCUAACGAGAUUCACCAAUUGAUGGGCGACAAGUGGUGUAGAAAGCGGUCGACGGACUUGAGAGGGUACCAUAAGAAUUACCAGAGGGACACAUGGAGCAAGGUGUUGCGGUGCCUGAACCAUGAGGGUUUGCAAGUGAACGGGAAGGUGUCGAAGCCGGUGCUGAAGGAGAGGUUCAAAAGCUUCAAUGCUAUGUUCGAUGAGAUACACAAGACGCAGAGCACGUGGGUUGUGAGCGACGAGCAGCUUCAGUCGGAGCUUAGGGUUUCGGUGUCUGCAGUAAUGAUUCCGGCGUACAGGUCCUUCUGGGGGAGGUUCAAGCAGUACUUGGAUUCCGGGAGGCAAACGGAGAAGUAUAUAAGGUAUCAACCGGAAGAUAUUGAGAAUAUGAUUGAUGACUUGUUUGAUGGGAACCCUACUUCUAUGGUGAGAAGGAGAUGAACUACUGAGUAGGCAUUUGUCAUGCUAGCUGGUACUGUUGGGAAAUUUGAAAUUAAGUUUCUGUUUUUGUUGUAUCCUUAUUUUCAGUUUGGAACACAAAUUAAAACUAUAUGUUGGAAUUAUUUGACUUCGAUCGUAGAAUCUUACAGGAAUUUUUGUAGCAUGCAUGCAUGUAAUUAAUUAUUUUGUAUCAUUUUCAAGUGGAGCUCUUCCAGGGAC